GCUCGCUUGAGUGCUGACAGACAAUUAAAGCUGAUAGCCCUCCUGUGUCUGCAGAUAGCUAGGAACUUUUUGGAAGGGACUUUUCUGCAAAGUACAACAAAACUCUGCGUGACACACGCGCGCACUAACAAGACACUGACAAUGAGCGGGAGCCGCGUCUUUACCUUUAACGGUUAAAGAGACUCUGGAAUUAUAAGGGACAUCGGGUCAAUCUGGCAAUUGACAACAAAAUAUCACUGCAUUCUGCAAGUACGCGUUGUUUGCUUUCGCUCGUGUUGCUCGUGUCUUGACAUAACAGCAUUUUGAUUCAUAGCCCCGCUGUGUGUGCUGCGGCUCUGACCAUUCUUUUGUUACUACAGUGACUUACUGCUUGUGAUGGUUGUGUGCGGUGACGUUGUGGCGCUUUGUCCGUGGCUGUUGACGAGGUGCGCUGGAGAGAUAGUUGUAUUACAUCAGUGCACCAAGUGACUGGGAGUGCGACACAGAGAGGAGGAAGACAGCGGGAUUUGACCAGGUCUGGGUUAAUGGGAGAGGUGUUAAUGUUCGUUGAGAUUUGCACUAGACGCUCAAGAAGCGUUCAGCACCAUUUAGAGUAGAAAAGACGCAUUCAUGGAAUGCGACUGUGACCGCGUCCCACUGCUUAUCUAACUUGUGAACUUGCGAGUACCGGGGGAGAGACGGAGAAAGCUUAAACUAGGCGAUGGCGGAGACAAGCCUGGAGCCACUGUCUGCCCUGGAUGUUGCCAUUGAUCCGGACUUUGAGCCGCAAAAACGGCCGAGAUCAUGCACUUGGCCGCUGCCGGAGUCCAGCUCGGUGAAGCCUGCGUCCAACGACACUGACAUCAUCCCCGAGGAAGAGGAUGAUGAGGAUGACAGCGCGAUGGCAAUACACGCAAAUGGCACGGGUGCAGGAGAGGACAGCGGCAGUCCAAGCAUGGCCGAGGGACUGCUUGCCACAAGCGGUCAAGAGAACAUGGGUUCCCCGCUCUCCUCUCAGUCCUCACCCUCGACCACAGCGAGCCCGGGGGUAAACGGCCAGGGCAGCCAACAGCAAACUCCCCGAAAAUCAUCCGCGCGUAGGAACGCUUGGGGCAACCUGUCAUACGCAGACCUUAUUACUAAAGCCAUAGAGAGCGCCCCAGACAAGAGACUGACACUGUCCCAGAUCUAUGACUGGAUGGUCAGAAGCGUCCCGUACUUUAAAGACAAAGGCGACAGCAACAGCUCGGCCGGUUGGAAGAACUCCAUCCGGCAUAAUCUGUCCUUGCACAGCCGUUUCAUCCGUGUACAGAAUGAGGGAACUGGAAAGAGCUCUUGGUGGAUGAUCAAUCCUGAAGGGGGGCGGGGAGGCAAAGCACCAAGGCGACGGGCAGUCUCCAUGGACAAUGGUAACAAAUACACCAAGAGUGCACGAGGGCGUGCGGCUAAGAAAAAGGCAGCACUGCAGGCUGCCCAAGAGGGUUCACUGGAGAAUGUUUCUGGUGGUGGUCUGUCCAAGUGGCCAGGAAGUCCCACUUCCCGCAGCAGUGAUGAACUGGAAUCAUGUUGGACUGACUUCCGCUCUCGAACUAACUCCAAUGCUAGCACACUGAGUGGACGUCUAUCACCCAUUCUGGCCAACCCAGAGCUUGAUGAUGUCCCAGAUGGUCCACCCCUUUCCCCAAUGCUCUACUCCAGCCCCAGCAGCCUCUCUCCUCCCUCGUAUUCCUCAUCCAACUCCAAAACCUGCCCAGCUGAACUUCCAGGGCUAGCGGACCUGACUGGCACAAUGAAUCUCAAUGAGGCUGACAACAUAAUGGACGAUCUGUUGGACAAUAUCACUACACAAGUGCAGGCAGUUCAAAGUUCUUCUGCUUUUAGUUUUGGAUCUAAAAAUGCAGCAUCUCACCCCAGCUCCACUUCAUCCCAAACUGUGGGCAGCAACAGUGGAGGAUUCAGUAACCCCAUUUUUGGGCCUUCGACUGGAGGGCUACGUCAAACACCCAUGCAGACCAUCCAGGAAAACAAGCAAACGUCAUUCUCUAGCAUUUCUUGUUUUGGGAACUCUCUUCAAGAACUGCUGAACUCUGAUUUGUUGGUCACUCACAGUCAUAGUGAUGUCAUGAUGACACAGUCAGACCCACUCAUAUCACAGGCUAGUGCUGCAGUCACCUCUCAAAACUCCCGCCUUCGCAACAGCCUCAUGCUCCGUAAUGAUCCCAUGAUGUCAUCAUUCAGUUCUGUGCUAAAUGGGCGAAGCAGCCAUCUCCAGAACAAGCAACAUCAUCAGGGGUCCAGUGCCCAGGGUUCUUUGUGUUCCCUCUCCAACAACAGGGUGCAAAGUCUUGCUAAUGAUGCUAAUAAUUUAGUCUCUGCGAAGCAGCACCUACAGCCACAGUCCUCCAUGUUGAUGACUGAGACUUCGCUUUACUGUGGGCUGAAUGGAAGUAAUGGGAUGGGGAUCUGUCACCCCUCAGGAACAGACCGUUUUCCCUCAGACUUGGACCUUGACAUUUUUAAUGGGAGUCUGGAUUGUGAUGUGGAUUCAAUAAUCCGCUCAGAACUAAUGGACUCUGAUGGACUGGAUUUUAACUUUGAUGCAUUGGUGCAAAAUGCUGUUAGUCUGAAUCCUGUGGGAAACUUCACCGGGACAAAGCAGUCCAAUCAAAGCUGGGUACCCGGCUGACAGCAGUCACAUAG